AUGCGUGAACUAAAAUUCCUACACCAAGAUACGACAAAGACUCACAAGACACUGGCGGAGCUCUUUGAACGCCGACACCCUGUACCAGCUCGCAUUCUCAAGGAAGCCUUAGCUCAUGACUUUCUUGCCAAUGGUGCCUGGCAUGAGGUUAGUGAGAGCACUGAGCUCAUGUCAGCAUUCGCCAUCAAACCAUCCGAGUAUCUCGAAGCUGCUUCGAAGAAGUUCUUGGUCCUGCUCUGCAACAUCAAGACAACCAGCGAAAAUUCCAUGUUCAUUUUCGCGUGCAUCAUCUGUGUGGGCACGAUCGUCCAGCUGAUGCCGGCUCCGGGCGCAAACACCACAUGGCAAUGUUUGAUGGACGGGGCCAACGCCGCUCUGGAGUGUCUGCAAGGUGCUCGGAAGUUCGUUGUUGCAACUGGGCUCUGGGAAAAGCCUGGUCCUUCGUAUUCUUUUGUUGUCGGACUUCAGAGCAAGGAGAAUUACGCCGUUGUUGGCCCAGACGUCAUGCACGCUCUUGAAAGGUAG